CGCUGAUAAAGAAUACCCGUCGGGGCAAAAGGACACCUCAUCAUCACCGCACGUAACCCAUCACCGAUCACACGCCCAACUCUUUGCUACGGUUCAUACGCUGACUGUCAAGUCGGCUUCGGCACACAUGUCUGCUUCCCGUGCAGCGUUCCUUGCAUAACUGCAAAUCGCAGCCUGCGACCGCGCCAUUCGCUAAAACCCGAACCAACCGUCAUCGCAUCGCGGCAAAAAAAGGCAUCUGACCUCAGCGAUAACUUGCAAUCGACCGAAUCGACAACAAUCGUCUUUACGACUUACAACGACGACGAAUUCUGGCAACAUGGAUCAACUCAUGGGCGGCGAAGGGGCGUUCCCCCUCGAGACAUGGUUUUGGGAAAUGCCCAUCUGCACGCGGUGGUGGACAACAGCGACAGUCCUGACGAGCGGCCUGGUGCAAUGCAAGCUCGUCACUCCCUUCCAGCUCUUUUAUAGCUACCGCACAGUAUUCCAGAAGUCGGAAUACUGGCGCCUCCUGACGACCUUCCUCUACUUCGGCCCCAUCUCGAUCGAUCUGCUCUUCCACGUCUACUUCUUGCAGCGGUACGCGCGCCUCCUGGAGGAGUCGUCGGGCCGAUCGCCGGCCUACUUCUCGUGGCUGCUCGUCUACGCCAUGACCAGCCUCCUGCUCCUGUCGCCCUUUGUCUCGAUGCCCUUUCUCGGCCACCCGCUGUCGUCGACGCUCGUCUACAUCUGGUCGCGCCGCAACCCGGACACGCUCAUGAGCUUCCUGGGCCUGCUCGUCUUCCGCGCGCCCUACCUGCCCUGGGUGCUCAUGGGCAUCAGCUUUGUGCUGCACGGCACCGUGCCGAAGGACGAGUUCAUGGGCGUCAUCAUCGGGCAUAUCUGGUACUUCUUUAAUGAUGUGUACCCGCCCCUGCACGGCGGAUCGCGGCCUCUGGAUCCGCCCAUGUGGUGGCGUCGGCUGUUUGAGGGGCGACCGCGCGAAGAGACAGCCGAAGGAAUGGAAAACGACGUUGCUGUUGCUGGGACAGAGGUUCCGCCGCCGGAAGUACGGUAAACGGAAGCACCGAGGCAGCUCAUGCGACAAAGUGCUCAAGAAGGGGCUUUUUUUUCUUUUCUUUUUCUUAUGGAUCGGGUGGAAUUUGACGACACAAAACAAGCUUGGUGCUCGGCGUUUUGGAGGCUUCUUUCCAGUAUUAUUACAAAGUGCAUCUCUAUCAGCAUUGCAUACCUGACCGGCGUUGGAUUUGGAUUGGGAAGGACAAAAUGUGGGCUGUAAAUAAUGCGACAAAGAAAAAAAAAACGCAUUGACGGGAGCAACAAAUCCGUCACCCACCAGUGGUCUGACCUUCAGAUUGUGCACGUCCAGUUCUUCACCGCGGAUUAGAGCCUUAUAUUUGUCAAGCGAUACCCAAAGGUUCCCCAAG